AUGGUGGAUGGAUUUUGCCAUGCCAGCCUUGAAGACAAGAGUCUGAAGGCGCCUUGCAAGGAAGUUCUCAGCAGUCAGGGCAAGGACGUAAUCAAGCUUAUCCUGGCCCUCAGCAAGGAGACCAUAGCGGUUCAUGCGACGGAGAAGGGCCGCGCCCUCAAAGAUACGGCGGGGAUUUUUCUCAUCCAGUGUGAGCAAGUGUCUUGCAGCAUUACGAAUCCUGCUCAGUGCAUACUGAACCCUCCAGAGCUCACGCUUGCACCUCAGUCCAUAUUCACCGACCAGCUUUAG